CUCGCGGGGUCACGUGACUCCGCGCUCAGACAGUUAUUUUUUUAGGCAUGAUGGCGCCAAACAGCAGUAUCCACAUUAAUGUAAAUAUAAUAUCGAUUCGGUGCACCGCGCGAGGAAGAAAGCCAUCGGGUGUCCUUACGGAGGCUAUUUGAGGGCAUCGAGCGAGCUCAACAGGAGCCCUCGGCCCACGAAGUGAGUAAAACCGAGCUAGUCGCGGCUGCGACUCGAAUUGCUAAUGAGGACAUCUUGGUUAGGCUGCCGUGACAGAGGCGUACUCGGACUACUGCCAUCUCGGAGCUACCGAUCGAAGAAUAAUUCGAUCGUUCACGAUCAAACGUACCGGCUAUUAUUCGUCACGUGCAUCAUCGCGCGCGAAAUCACCCUCUCCGUCGAUAGAUCAAUAAUAAGGCAUUUACUGCCUUCCGACCAUCUCUAUCUUUCUCUCUCUCUCUUACGUUCUGGUUCUCUCUUGCGCGCGCGUGCGUGUUCAUGUUUGCGUGUGCGUGUUCAUGUUUGCGUGUGCGUGUCGAACUUGUGCUCGCGUGUUCGUAUCCAUACCGUGCGCUUGUGUUAUAUUCACGUUCGUGCGUACCUGUGCAUUCACGUCGCGUGUGCGUAUUUACUUACACUCGUGUGCAUGUGCAUUCGAAUUCACAUACGUGUGCGUUCAGAUGUGUAUACCUGAGUGCCGAGAUUCGUGUGCGAGUCGAGCCUGUCGCCAUCUGUAUUGUCAAUGUUGUCGGCCAGCAGGAGCACCACCAGCCCAAUGGACCCGUGAGCAUUUUCGACUCUCCGCCCGAUCUUCUUCUAAACGUCUGUUCUCGACCGCGAGUCUCGACUUCCACGUGUCGAGUCAUCGAAAGUCUUACGGCGAUCCUUCACGGUCGAGCCUCGGCGCCGCUCGAGCGUCGCCGCGGAGUAACUCCGUCGCAAUGUUUACAUGCCACCCGCCACGGCGACCAGUUUCUCCAAGACCCUUGUGCUUUUGCAACUGUUCGGGGCCUUCUAGCGUUACGGAUAAACGAUUUCGUUCAAGUUAUAACUCUUCCUGCUGGACUGCCCCAUUUAUAACCUCUCCGCGGCGGCCAUCGAGGAUCAACGGCCGCAGACCCCCUGCAAUACAAUCGCUCCGAGAGGAAUCCACUUUCUAGAUAAUAAAUACAUGGACAACUAUGUAGGUGUGCACGGCUCACCUGCACGUGCCACGUACCGCUAGCUCACUUGGUAUAGUAGAAUGGCACAGCGAGGCAAACGAAUAAACAGAAACGACAAUGAUUUGGCGUCUUGCCCAGGCGCAAUCAAAAGGCGCAAAUGUAAGCUGGUUCCAGCGACGGGUUCGUCGUCGCUGGCAGCUACCAUGGGGCCCUCAGAAGAGGAGGAGACGAUGGCGUCGUCCAGUCAAGGAGGGGCAUCCUGGACCCCCAGACCUCUUAGUGACAUCAAAAUCUCUAGUAUAUACAAUCGCUCCUCUGCUGAGGCUCCAGCAGAAUUAUUUCGUAAGGAUUUGAUCAGUGCGAUGAAAUUACCUGACAGUGAACCACUAAGUCCCAAUGAAUAUUGGGUCAUUACUGAUCAGUGGAAACAAGAAUGGGAGAGAGGUGUUCAAGUACCUGUCAACCCAGAUUCCCUUCCUGAACCUACAGUCACUAUCACGCAGGCAGCACCUGUAAAGCAGCACUCUGAAUUUAAGCUACCUAAGAAAUUCGUAAGGAUAUCACGUGACGAUUACUUCAACUCAGAAGAUCAUCAUUUAAGCACAACACCAGCACGAGCUGAGAAAGCUUGUGCUUAUGACCUUGAUGACACUGAUAUUGCUUGGUUGGAUGUAUUAAAUGGUGAACGUGCACAGGCUGGGCAAUUGCCAAUCACGGAGUCGCAACUGGAACGCGUGAUAGAAGAACUGGAAGUUCGUUGUUGGGAAAUAAUACAGACUAUUGUAAAAAAUGAAGAAGGUCUUGGCAUUGAAUAUGAUGAAAAUGUAAUUUGUGAUGUCUGCAGAUCUCCUGAUUCUGAAGAAGGGAACGAGAUGGUAUUUUGUGACUGCUGCAACAUAUGUGUGCAUCAAGCUUGUUAUGGGAUUACUUCAAUACCAGAUGGUUCCUGGUUAUGCAGAACUUGUUCUUUAAGUCAACGACCAGAUUGUGUUCUCUGUCCUAACAAAGGUGGUGCUAUGAAGUGUACUCGCAGUGGCCAAAAGUGGGCUCAUGUCUCUUGUGCUUUAUGGAUCCCGGAAGUCAGCAUUGGUUGUGUAGAAAGAAUGGAACCUAUCACUAAAAUAUCCAGUAUUCCGCAAAGUCGAUGGGCCCUAAUAUGUGUGUUAUGUCGAGAAAGGGUCGGUGCUUGUAUCCAAUGCAGCAUAAAGACAUGCAAAACGGCUUAUCACGUGACGUGUGCCUUCAAAUACGGCUUGCAGAUGAAGGCAAUCAUUGAAAAUGAAAUGGCUGAUGAUGGAGUAAAAUUAAGGUCCUACUGCCAGAAGCAUUGUAGAACGAAUGCAAAAGAUAAAGUUCAAGGAGCUGGAGGCAGUAUUGGAAGCGGAGCGGACAAAGCAGGAUCAGAUUCGGAGGACGCAGAAUCCAGGAGACGUAAAAGGAAAGACAUGACUUCUGAGGAAAAGAAUCAAGCACGCGCUGCAAAAUUACAAGAAAUAGAAGCAGAAUUUGACAAACAUGUGAGCUUGAAAGACAUUGCUACGCAGCAGUUGGAUGUGGAUCCCGAAGGCAUUAUCUACAUUUAUAAUUAUUGGAAACUUAAAAGAAGAGCUGGUCAUAACAAACCCCUGUUAGCACCACGCUGUGGAGAGCUUUCCGGAAGUGGAUCUCGUAAUCAAGGCCAAGCAGCUGAUCUCGAAAAAAUGAGGACAUUCGUUCAACUUCGACAGGAUCUAGAGAGAGUUCGGAAUCUCUGUUACAUGGUGGGCAGAAGAGAAAAACUCUGUCGGUCUUUUCUCAGAUUACGAGAACAAACUUUCCAUAAGCAAGCAAUGGUGAUGUCUGGCCCGCCAUUACCGGCGGCUGCGGCGGCUGCAGUAAUGGAAGCUAAUCACGGUCCAUCAAUCUACGACCGUCUUUACUCCCACCCCGAUUCUGAGGACCAUACUCAUGACUUUGACACGAUCGUUGCCAGGAUUGCUGGAAUAGAAUCACCGACCAGCGACGAGAAAAAGACGCAACAGCUACAACAGCAACAGUCGCAACAACAGCAGGACUUCAAUGGUGCCUCUAGUAAAAAGCUAUACUUCAAUGGCUCCGUCCGCAGAAAGAACCUUUAUGGCAGUGAUCUGUCGUCUGUUAGUAGCAGUGAAACGGAUGCGACGAAAGUGAAAACUGAGAAGAAAAAUCUUAAGUUGGAAAGUGAAUCAAGCACGGAAGACGAGACGAACGUAUCAACGAAACCGAAGCUAUCGCGUAGAAAGACCAAGAAGAGCGGUCAACAUGCGGAUAAGUUGCUCAAAGAGAACAGUGAAAAUGAGAAACUCGUUAAUAGUAGGUCGCAUACACUUCAGCACAUGGAAAAGGAAUUAGGAAGUGCUUCUGGCAGCGAAAGUGACGAAUUGUUGCCUUUAAAUGCCGGGACGACGAAACACCUUACAGCUUCAGCAAUAUAUUCAGACACUGACUCAGACUCUCAGGAGCAUACGUCUCACUCAUCAGCAGUUCUAAUCACUAAAGCAGCGGUUAAAGAAUUCUCCGCCGCGAACUUGUCGAAGAAUUCGCAGAAAAACUUCAAUAAAGACUCUAGGCACACGGAAACAGCGUACCACAACACUGGAACAAAGAAUAAAGAGAAUCAAAAUAAAGUCAGUACUAAGAAGAAAGAGUACAUACCUACACCGUUGAUAGUACCUCAAAGACAAGCGGCAAAGAAGGCUUCGGAAAUUAUGCAGCGUACGCAACAAAGUAAGAAAGAAAACCCGGUACCUGAAAUUCCAUCAGAAGCAGUGAAGUCUCCUGUAGAAGAGGCACCCAAGUGUUCCUCUUCCAAACCACAGAAAGAAAAGAGUCCCAGCAAGAAGCAAAAAGAAAGUAAACCCCCGAAAGAGGUUAAGAAUAAUGAUGUCUACGAUUUUGAUAAAGAAUUUGGUGAUGGAACUGAAAUAUUGGCGUAUGUUCCACAAAGGCAAGCUGCAAAGAAGGCUGCCGAGCACAUUAAGAGUGGUUUAGGCAGUAAGCCUACACAACAGCAGAUGGAACAAGAAACUCUCGAUGGAAGGAAAAAGGAAUCUCCAGAAAGUGGCAAACGGAAGGAAGCUAGGAAAGAUGAUGCUUCAUCGACCAGGAAAGAGGAGUUGCCUUCACGAAAAGAAGAAAUGUCUUCUUCCUCGUCAUCUUCGUCAUCCUCGUCUUCAUCUUCUUCGUCGUCUUCAUCAUCUUCUUCUUCGUCAUCUUCUUCUUCAUCGAGGAAAGAAGAAGCUUCAAGGAAAGAAGAGCUGUCCUCAAAGAAAGAAGAAUCUUCUUCGAGGAAGGAAGAAGUACUUUCCAAGGACAAACGGGCAAGAAGACCAAGGAAACCUAGUGAAAGGAAGUCAGCGCUCUCCAGUAACAGCGACAGUAGCAGUAGCAGCAAUAGUUGCAGCAGUUCGACAGAAAGUAGUAGUGAUUCUGAGAGCCCUACUCAUAGAAGGCUCUCCACUGAUGUCAAGGACGCUUCUUCUUCUACCACUUCCUCCGAAAGCGACGCUGGAAACAGGACAAAGAACAGGCUCACAACCACUCCAAGCACGACAAACAGAAAACAACAAACUGUUAAAGCAUCACCGGAACGAGAAACCGAAAGGAAACCAGUCUCGGGGCGGAAACUCAAGAAGCUGCCCGAGAAGAAGCUUAAAACUUCCGACGGGCGGCGGGGACCAGAGUUUCAGCCGCCUACUGAGAGAGAGGAACCUCGUAGAACCUCUAAGGAGCAACAACAACAACAAGAACAACCACCACAACAACAGGAGGCAAAGAAGCAGGAUCAGAGAGACAGUAAGAAACAACAACCAACCACGGGAACGGAGGCUAAUGAGGAUCUGCUCGUUGGGGCUGGAGAUCAUGAUGGGGCAAGAAGUGUUUCUGGGUCCAGACCUGCCAAGAAGUCGAGUCAGGCUGCUAAACAGCAGUCCCAGCCUCGAAAAGAAGAUAACAAGGCUAAACCCGAGGGCAGAAAGCGAAAACCAAUUGAACUUGUCGCGAAGGAUGAAAAGAAAGAAACGACCAAAAAGCCGGAGAAACGGGUGAGUGAGAAGCAAGUCAAGGAAAUUGAAAAGAAAGACGAGGAGGAGAGUAGAAAGGACGAAACGAAGACUGUGGAGCAAGAGAAGUCUAACGAAACCACCGAAAAUUUCUUUAAAAACGAUGACAAGAAAGCUAAGAAACUUGGAGGCAGCAAAGAGGCCGUGAAUACAUUGGAGGAAGAGAUGAAGCAACGUAGAGCCGAGAGGGACAGUCCUAAAAAAUCGCUGAGGACUGGAGGUUUAGAUAAAUUGUUAGAGAAACGCGAACACCUGGACAAAAUAUCGAAAAGUAAAAAUUCGGAGGUGAAGCUCGAGAAACUUGUCGACGAAGAAAAAGAGGAGAAAGAAAUCAUAGAAGAGCUUCCACAGACAAAGGAAACUAUCAAAAACGAAGAUCGCAAAAAUCACGUUACAGAAAUCGAAACCAUAAUCGAGAAAGCGAAACCGGAAGAGUUGCCGGAGGAAGAGUCCAUUAAAAAAGACAUUGUAGAGGUGCCACAACCAGAAAGAAUACCAACUGUUAAGAAGAAAUCUGAGGGAAGCUUGGAGAACUUUAUUGAACCACCGAUUAUGGAAGUUGUUCCUGUUGAAGAAAAUCUGCAAAAAGAAACGCCAGAAGAGGAUAAUGUUAAGAUUGUUUCAGAAAAAGUUGAGACUGUAGAGAAGGAUCAUCAGAAGAGACGGAAAUCUGGAAAUCGAUCAAUUUUCUCGCCACAGCAUGGCAAAGAUCCGAGUGUCUCAGAAUUGUUUGACUUUGAUCAGGAUAUGCUGACCGAGGAGAUGGUGAAUGAGGACGGAUUCGGUAUAUCCAGAGACCCGGAGGAACGAUCGGCGCCAUUAAGUUUCUCCUUUAACAGUGAGCUGUGGUUCAAGGAAGACUCGAAAGAAGACAGUGCUAGGGAGACCCUUCACCUCGUAGAGAAGCUGCGCAUGGAACUCUCGAAAAAAUCGAAUUCUAGUCAGUUUGAAUUAGAAACAGUACCUGUGGACGGUGAGAUAAAGAAGGAGGAACCACCGAUGGAGAAGGUGUUUGAACAGCCGCCGCAACAUCAGCUGCAGCAAUCGCAACUGCAACAGCAGUUGAGCUUGCAACCGGAAAAGGAAACGAAGAUUCUGGAACCUACUGAGCCACCGGUCUUGGAAGUGAAGAACAAUGUUGAAAUACCCGAGGAAGAGAUAGUUGUUAACGAAGCCCGUCCCAGUAGCUGUAAAGACACAUUGGACGAAAAGAGAAAAACGUGCUACUCCAGUACCAAUGACAGAUACACGGCCUACGAGGAGGAUCGAGAAACAAAUAAGGUCAGUCUGGUGGAACGAUCGAAGCUUGAUCGUGUUGAGACCGACGAAAGAUGGGUCCCGCCAAGCACAAACAGCUUCGAACCUACCGACGUUCAACACUUGAAUGCUCUCAUAGAAACACAGAAUCAUCGAUACGGCAAUCACCAGUUCUCUAACGAAUCUAUUCAAGAUAGCGAAUCAUUAACACGUUCACACUUAAAUGCGGCUACUUUACAAGAGCAAUAUCUUCUUCAGCAACCACACACUAUACUUCAUGGUCAACGCGAAACGCACGAGAGGACAAUACUAGAUCAACAAAUACCCGAGGAGAACCCUAUGGAUAUGGUGAACAGGCAUCUUAUAGGAUUACCAACAUCCGAAGACGAUCAGGCAACAGAGAUAAUGGAUAGAGCGAUGGAAAAGGAAGAUGAUGUUGUUAGACAACAAGAAUACGAUCAGAAUUCUCCAUACAACGAUGUUAAUGGCCGACCAGAUACCAGAUGGGCAGAGAGUCAAGUUCUGCCCUCUCGUAGAUCCACAUCUUCAUCGAUCACGUCUGCCUCGUCUGCCGAGGAUCAUUCCAUUCCGCCGUACAAGAAUGUUCCAGGAAUACCUUUUCCACCCUGCUCAAUCGAACAAACUUAUUACACAGACUCGAACUACGGUACAGGUCCUGUGUCUCUAUUUCCGCCUCAAUCUUGUGCCGCCCCAUUGCCAUAUCCAUCUCCUGGGACUGCUCUCUUUCCACCUGCGUUUGGAGCCGCCUUUCCGGCGGCACAAUCGUUAUUGCCACAUGUGAAGCCUCUGGAGGAUUCGCUAAACCUACAAGCUUCUCCUUGCACAGCAGCGUUCACGUCUUCCUCGCACAAUAUGGCCCUCACAGCCGCCAUGGUCUCGCCCACUAAAAUAGCCACCCCACCACCAUCGCCUCCGCCACCACCUCCGCAAAUACCACCACCGACGGAAACCAUCGACAGGGCACAGCAACAAACGCAGGUUACCGAUGCGCCGUCCUUGCCUCUCAACUUCUUAAACGCUAUAGCACCCGAGAGUCACGUUGCCGAGCCUAUCGUCGAGACUAUACCCGAAGCUUUAACCGACGCUAAGAUCCAGCACCCAGGGAAGAAGUCACCCUCGAAGCCUACUAGAACUUCUGCAAGAGUUACAUCGUUACAGAGCAAGUCUCCAGGGAAAUCACCUAGGCAAGAAACUCCGAAAGGUGUUCCUGGUGCAAGGGGAAGAGGCAGGAGUGCUAAGAGUUCCACUCAACAUUCAAGUUAUCGGUCACGUGGCCGAGGACGAGGCAGAGGACGAGGCCGAAGUCAAAAUGCGGGACUCUCCUUGGUCUCUGGUGUGGCUGUUGGACAACACGAUGACUCUAUUCAAAACAAACUAGUCGGCACGGUCUACGACUUCGACUCUGACGAAGAUUCCACCAGCGAAGCUAACAUCGCUGAUCUACGCACCAUGAGAGAGAGGAAGAAGUCGACGGAUGCAACAACUGCUGGAGUCGAGAGAAGAGAUUCUACUGUCGUGGUUCCAGAAAGUGUUCAAUCGAGACUCUCCAGUCCUGGAGGCAGUAGAAAGUACCUGGAUGACAGGAGGAUCUCCUGUUCUCCCGGCCACGAUGAUUCUGGCGUUGUGGAGAACGAGUCGAAUGCCGGACAAAGCUUCGACACUGUUCUACCGCUAAUCCCCGGUCCUGUCGACAUGAGGACGUACAAUUCUACCCUGGAUGCGUCCAGUUCUUCCACGUUGCACGGUCAGAGCUACGAGAAUCAUUUCUUAAGCACGUUCACCAGCGUUUCUACGAGUGAUCCCACACUUCCGGACAUCGAGGAAGACCUGGACAAAGAGCUAAGGUCUGCGUUGAUAGGCAAACAGGGCCAGGAAGACUGUUCAAAGCCAAGCUUUGACGCCAGCAUCGACGCCUCAUCUUCCGGUUUCGCGGAUGCCAAUAAGGUUUCCCUGACGGAUUCGCGGAACCAGUUGAAGGUGAAGAUCAAAGGUCCAUUCCUCGACGCGAAUUACGUUCCUGCCUCGUCGGUGCCCCCGUUGGCGCAACAGGCACCCGUAAUCAUCGCUCCGGCUGCUACCAGUGCUUCCGUAGCUUCCGGAACGUCGAAUCUCAGGCGAAUGAGGAAGAAGGAGUUGCUUAGACAGUAUUGUUCCCAGGACAUGAACAUGGACGAGCCAGGUUGCGGGAACCUGGCGACGUCUGCACCGAUUAUCAUACCACCUAUCAAUCGCACAGUGAUCACGAUACCCAAAGCUGUCGCGUCGAUGACUAGCAUACCAACUAGAGAAGACUAUAAAGCGGUGGUCGACGCGAAUAUGGAAAAGAAGAGAAGAAAAGAACGACCGGCUGGGUUCCUGGAUACGAACGAGGAGGAAGGCAAUGUGGAAAGAAGACGAGGUAGUGCUACCAACGGUGCCAGUUCUAGUGGAAACAAUCCGGUUGUGAACGCAGAUCGUCGUAGAGGAAGGCAGAGCAGCGGUGGUAGAUCAACGACGACAACUACAUCGACCACCACGACGAACAGCGGUCCGCCUAAGCUAAAGAUCAAAUUCGGUAACAGUAUAAUCGGUGGUCAGGAGACCGGCCAAGACGACAGAACCAGGAUCAGACCGCCAAAGAAGCGGCUGAGUAGUAUUCCCAGCAGCACGCCAAGUAUAGAGGAAUUACGUAGGGAAAGUAUGAAAUUCAGGCGGAUGAUCAUGGCUGGUUUCGACAACGAUGAGAAAGUUCGACAAAAGAGCAAGAAAGAUAAGAACGACAAGAGAAAGAAACGUCAAUCUAGUAGAAAGGAAGCUAGGGUACGAAUCCUGGAAGGCGGGGCCGCUCCACCGAAGUUGAUCAUUAGAUUAGGCAAGGGAAACGAUUCACCGGAUGAAUUGCCGAUUAUGCUCACCGAUGAGGAGGAGGAGGAAGAGGAGGAACGGCAUCCGACUGAUAGCAGGGUAGGUCCUCCUCCGCCGGAACCGGCGAAGGAUGAACCAGUUUAUCCAGCGGUAGUUGCGACCAUCGAGGAGAAGCAGCCAACCGAUCCAGAUACUGGCGGGAGUGCGCCCAGGAACGUUCGUUCGGCCAAAGUCACGCCCAUCAGGUUAAAAUUAACACGUUGUCACGAGGGUUACGAGCUGAAGGGCCCACCGGUCCAUGGCGAGGAGUCCGGUUCAACGACGGAGAAGCAGAGUUCCGAAGUGACAAACGAGGAAACGAGGAAUCCACCGGUAAAAAUUCAAGAGGAGGAUUAUUCACAAGAAUUUCGAAAUAUUAUAAGUACGAUGAUACUCGGCCGUCACGAAAGAUUGAAAUGAAUUAAACAUAAAAUAUUGAUUCUAAGUAUAAUUUAAAUAACAGAUGAAAAGGUAUUAAAGUAUCAGCGUUCAGUCAUAGAUAACUUCCAUUUUUCUUUUUAAAACUUAUCACAUUCAAGAAAAUAAUUUACAACUAACAUUAUUUUAUCACAUACUUUUUCUUCUUAAUAAUGUAUCGGUUUCUUAUUUAUUUGAUAGUUUUACAUACGAUAGGACACGUAGUUUUUCUUGGGACGAUGCAUUUUUAUCAUCGCAUGUGGAAGUUAUUUAUGGUCCAACAAACAAAUAGUAACACUUUGUAGUAUUAGAUUUAAAGGUAAAAUAGACACUAAUUAUCUGAUCACAUUCUAUCAAAGUGUUCAACUAUGAAUUUGUACGUUGCGUUCCAUCGUGCUUGUGAUAAUAUUUCGGAAUUUUCAGUUUAACAUACAUAACAUCUCCGUUAAGAAUUUUCGCGAUCCACUGCACCUGUUCUGGUGCCUGAAGUUUCAAAUGAGAUUUGAGCAAUAUUUUUAAAUAAGAAACAAAUGGAAUCGUUAUCAAUUUUACGGUAUUACGAAUGGAACGUCUUUUACACAGACUUCACUUUCUCACGGCGGCCGAAAACGUUCAGUUUGGUGAGAGGAAACAAGGUGAUAGGAACUUCUAAGAUAUACUCGUUUCGGACUCACUACAAAGGACAUUCUCCGACGUUAUCGAAGAACCUAUGCUCCUCGAGGAAUCCGGUUUUAUUCUUAACAAUACUCGAGAGACGAAACGGGCGUGCCAUUUCGCGGCGGCGACGACGACGACGAAAUGUCUGUGUUUUUCCUUUUGCGAAAGAACAGACGAAGAACCGGUCGAGGCCGUUGACGAUGAUCUCUCCAAAGAAUCCACGAAAACUUUAAUAGCUUUGUGUUGUACAUAACAUGUUCAUUCAUUUAGAAAUUCAACAAAACCAAUAACGGUGGUACAGUAAGAACAUUGUAAAGAAACAACUAUAUUUUCUAUAUUAUUAAUUCUGUUCAAGCAUAUAUAUCCACACAGUAUGUUUGUAUAUCAACAUCUGUAGUAACAAAAUUUACAUACAGCUAUAUAAGUUUGAAUAUAAUUAAUAAUAUUGAGAAUCGAAUCUCGUUAUUAACCUCGAAGCUCAUUAUAUGCAAGGUAGCCCUGUAACAUUGGAACUUAAAAUGCUUACAAUAUCAUCAUUUUGGAUAAUACGAGUAAUAUCUCUAGGGAAAUCACAUUAUCUCAAACAGUUAAAUGGGUUGAGAUAAAAUAAGCUUGCUGAAAAAUUGCACCUUUCAUUAUCGGAUAUCUUUUUUUAGAAAUUUUUUCAAAAUGAAAACAUGUGUAUUGUAGAAAGUUACAUCACAGGCAAAAUAUGAUCUCCAAAAUGCAAGCUAUAAAGUGAUAUUAUAGUUUCGAGUGAGAGAAAAAUAUUUAUUUGUGCUAUCAAUGGUGGUAAAGGCAUUUUAAAGAUUACUGUUAGGUAGCUAAUCCUCUGUAAAUACAAAGUAAAUGCGAAAAGUUGAAACAUGUAAAGGAUUCUAGAGAGCACUUCGUACACGGCCUUGUCAGCCCCUUCGCAGUAAGAACUAGUUAAUUGUAUAUACUUGUAAUCUACGAUUGUAUUUAGUUUAAGUCGAUGAGACAGAGACGAAAGAAUGAUUGAAUGAGCGUGUGCGUCUGAAGUGUGUAAAUGCGCGCGAGAGAAUUUUGUAAUCAGUGCGAAGCUUACGUGAUGGCUGUGUUUUACCACGCGGUCCGAUCUUCCAGGCAGUCCUGGGCCGUGCAGAAACGUUCGGUAACCCCCUAAUUAAACCGCUCAAUAUCAUCCGAGUGGUUCCCUUCCCUCAACGAGAGGCCGUCUCUCGACAUUUUACACUAGAUGAGAGAAAGGGAAGUAAUAAUAGAUAGUGUAAAAGAAAGCGGUAGAACAAAUACGUGUAUAUCGGACGGAGUAAUUCGAGAAAAUAAUGUAUCAGAUAAUUCCACAAAUACUGUCAUUUCUAAUAUCAUGUUUAGAUUUAGAAAUUAAUAAGUGUACCUAUUUUUCAAUCACUGAGGUAUUUAAUUAUUCAACUUACAUCAUUAAGUUCUAUAUAUUAACCAAUUUGGUUUUUUUCUGUCACAAUAUUGUCACUUUGAUUUAUAUAAAGUGAUUAGAAGAACGACGUUGGUUGUGGAAUCAUCUGAUAUUUUAUAAAUCAGGAAGCCGCCACGAGGACAAUGCAGCUGCGCAUCAGCCUUUUCUAGUGGAAAAUGCAGAAAUUCAAUGAAUCCGUAUAGUCUAAUCGCAAUAGUCGUCCACGAUUACGCAGUUGCCCAUAGAGACAUCCCAUAAAUAUACAUAAUACGCGCAGCGUCAACUACGUCGAUCAAAGCAAAUUCGUAAGAACCGUAUAACGCACGCAUUCUUCAUCGUUUUUACGAGUUCAUUUGAUAUUAUAUAUAGUAUCGUAAUCGUCAGAACGUCGUUCUGGUUUUUUUAUAUAUAAUAUAUAUAUUAUAUAUAUGAAAAAGUAUAUUUUACACCGAGUACAAUGUUAAUAAUUUAUUCUUAUUUAGUGUAAAUAAGUUCUAUAGAGGAAGUAUGUUUUUAUACGAUAGUAUAUAUACAUAUAUAUAUUAUACAUAGCAUUAUACAUAGUUCGUUCCCUCUCCUUAUGGUUUUUACGUGUUUACUUUGAAAGAUUGAUAUAUACAUAUAAAUAUAUAUUAUAUGUAUAUAUACAUAUACAUAUAAUAUUAUUAUAUAUUAUUUAUAUAUAUACAUAUAAAUAUAUAUAUAUAUAUAUAUAUACAAUCUCGAAUCGAGUCGCGUUAAAAUACAUUCGAUUCCCUCAGGGACGGCUGCGUAAUUACGGGAUUUUAUUCCCAUGGACAUGUCGUUAUUUUAAUGGACUAUAAGAGGAUACAUUGUACCUCACUUUAUUGCCCGAGAUACUUUCCCCAAGUUCGGUAUUUUUUUUAAAAGCUUUUGUACUUGCAAUGUAGUACGAUUUCCCCUCCGAAGUUUUAUGUAAUAAGUACACAGCGGGUACAAAAAGAUUUUUGCAGAUUUUAUAAAUUGUUAUACUAUUAAAACUUUUUAACUUAAUUUUCGACUGCAUUAAGCAUCGAAACGAUAUACUCCGUUGUACAUUUCUUUGUCUUCUUUAAUGUAAUGUAAUGUGUUAACUUAAGGUCA